AUGGGUCAAGAACAGGAUAUCAUAGACCAAAUUACUACCGUGACUGGGAAAAUCAAGUCUCAAAAACUCGAUGAAGCCACCCGGCUACAGGCCUUGAGUGCUGCUCAAGUCUUGCUCGAGACCUUGGAGUCACCGUUCGAGAGAAUUAUCCACGAUGUUGUUAUGCACGCCAAUAUUGGUAUCUAUUCGAAUGGGCGUCAAGCUCGGCGUAUUCACUCAGACCAGCCAGAGUCCACCGCAUGGAACAACCGUGGAGGAAAUCUCGGAACAGUCUGGAGCGAGUCCGAUCGUCGUUCGUAA